UUCUAACGUACUCUAACAAGUAAUAAUAAUAAUUGUAAUGGAUGAUCAGGGAUGCCCGAGGUGCAAGACGACUAAAUACAGAAAUCCAUCUCUGAAGCUGAUGGUCAAUGUGUGUGGACACACGCUGUGUGAGAGCUGUGUGGACAUGCUGUUUGUCCGUGGCUCAGGUAACUGUGUGCAGUGUAACACUCCUUUAAGAAAGAGUAAUUUCCGCGUGCAGCUUUUCGAAGAUCCAGCCAUCGACAAAGAGGUGGAGAUCCGCAAGAAGGUUCUCAAAAUUUAUAAUAAGAGGGAAUUUGAUUUUUCCACUCUGAAAGAAUAUAAUGACUACCUGGAGCAGGUGGAGGACAUUGUGUUUAACCUGACUAAUAACGUAGAUGUUGACAGUACCAAGCAGAUAAUGGAACAGUACCAGCGAGAUAACAGAGACGUGAUACAGAAAAACAAAGCCAAGCUGACACGUGAGCAGGAGGAGUUGGAGGAGCUGUUGUUACUGGAGCAGCAGGAUUCAGAGCAGAGGAGACUGGAGACCCUGCAGGAGGAACAGAGACAACUACAGGCCAAGAGGAAAAACAAACAGGCCCUGCUGGAUAAACUGGAGAGUUCCAAGUUACCUGCGGCUGUGCUUUUGGCCCAACAUAAAGAUCGAGCCGCCCAACUGGAGACCCAGAUAGAAAAACAGAAACAAAACGUCAAACCAACAAACAUCUUCUCUACUGGAAUAAUGAUUGGUCAGACCGUGUCUUUGGCAUCCGUGUCUCGUGUGGAGGAGGUGUUGUACGUCUAUCAGCCUGUGUACAUUGACACAUACGGGCCACCCGUUCCAGAACUGGAUCAGUUGGGCAGACAAGGGUAUCUGAAUCAUGUGCGCACAGCGUCCCCUCAGGAUCAGGCUGGUGGUUAUACAUCAGGACUGGCCUGCCAUCGUGCCAUCCAGGACGCUUUCAGUGGCCUCUUCCCCUUGUGAUUUUAC